GUGUAAGUGAUCUUGGUAGCAGGCUGCGAAUUCCCCGCCUGCCAAAAUAGGCGCCCCGCCACCAAAAACGGCAGAAAAUUGUCACCGCCAAUUUUUUUCAGUGGCAGAUUUUGGCACUCCAAUUUUUAGCGGCACCAAAUCCUGGCAUACAACUAUCACGCAUUGAACUACCCAUUUUGUGCCUCUUGAUUUCUGCAGAGUCGCAAUUUGAAUACAAUGCCUAAGCCCGAUAAGAAACGCGCCGGCCCUCCCGCCGAGCGCAUCAGCGAUGCCCGAUUCGCUAGCUUCCAGACGGACCCUCGAUUCCGUCUGCCGUCCAAGAAGAACACCAAGACGAAGCUCGAUAAGCGUUUUGCUGGUAUGCUCAACGACAAGGAAUUCACAGAUACUGCCCGAGUCGAUCGCUACGGUCGUAAAUUGAAAUCCGAUACCAAGAAGAAGGCCCUCCAGCGCCUAUACGAAGCCGAAGACGACGAGGAAGAGGAAAGGGGAGAGGAUGAGGAUGAUGAAGAACAAGUCGAGAUUGAGGUUGAAGAUGACGAUGUCGUCGAAAAGGCACUCCGUGCUGCCGAUGAAAAGACAGUCAAAUACGAUCCUGCGCGUGGUGGUGGCUUCAGCUCCUCAGACGACGACUCGGACUCGGAUUCUGAAGAUGAGGAAGUCGUUGAGCUCGACACCGAAGGAGAUAUGCAGAGACUCCAGGAUGAGCAUGCUGAGGUUGAAGAGGGUGAGGUCACAAAGCGAAUUGCCGUCGUCAACCUGGACUGGGACCAUGUCAACUCUACAGAUCUGUUUGCCUUGUUUAGCAGUUUCUUGGGCGAGGAUCCCGGCAAGGUUGAGAGAGUGUCAGUUUAUCCCAGUGAAUUCGGCAAGGAGCGAAUGCAGCAGGAAGAAGUAGAGGGCCCGCCUAAAGCGCUGUUCAAGAGUGCUGCCAAGGAAGAAUCCUCUGACGACGAGGAUGAGGACGACGACGAUAAGAUUCGCGAUGAGCUGAUUCAAGAGGGUGACGACCAGGAUUUCGAUAGCGACGCACUGCGCUCUUACCAACUGAGCCGUCUUCGCUACUACUAUGCUGUCAUGGAGUGCUCUAGCGAGUCUGCAGCGCAAAAGAUUUACGAGGCCACCGAUGGUACCGAGUACCAAUCUUCAUCCAACUUUAUCGAUCUGCGAUUUGUCCCCGACGAUGUUACCUUUGACGACGAGCCCCGCGACGUGUGCACCAAGGUGCCUGAGACGUACAAGCCCAUCGAAUUCGUCACAACCGCCAUGCAGAGCUCCAAGGUCAAGCUGACUUGGGAUAUGCACCCCGAAGAAAACACACGUAAAGAGUCGAUUAAGCGUGCCUUUACUGGCAGCCGUGCAGACAUUAACGAAAAUGAUUUGCGUGCCUACCUUGCUAGCGACAGCGAGGACAGUGAUGCCGCCAUUGGCGACGACGAAGAUGAGGAGGAGGGCGAUGCCGAGGUCGAUGCGGCUGCUCCCAAACUGUCUAAGAAGGAGCUUGCUCGCAAGAAAAUGCGCGAGGCCCUUGGCCUUACAGAAGAGACGACCGCUCGAGCAAGCAAAGACGGACCUGUCGGUGGCAUGGAGAUUACAUUCACUCCCGCUCUGUCCGAUAACAAGAAGGGCAAGGAUGACGACGAAGAGGAGACUACGAUUGAAAAGUACAAGCGUAAGGAGCGCGAACGCAAGGAGAGAAAGCGAGAGCAGUCGCGCGCAAAGCGUGCCGGUGCCGAGGAUAACGACGACGAAGACGAAGAAGACGAAGAAGACGAAGAGGGCGGCAUGACUGCGACAUUUGGCGCCGGAGAUGAGGAUCUCGGCUUUAACGACCCCUUCUUCACCACAGAGGAUCCUUCUGCUGGAGCCUCCAAAUCUGCGAUCCGAAAGCAGGAACGUCUCAAGAAGCGCGAGGCCCGUCUCGAAGCCGAAGAAGCGUCUAAGAAGGAGCGCGCCAAGCUUGCCAAGGUCAUGGCCGAGAACAGCAACGACGGCGAGACAGCCGAGCAUCUGGAUCACUUUGACAUGGCGGAGAUUAUGCGCGCGGAAAAGCUCCGCGGCAAGAAGGGCAAAGCGGCCAAGAGCAAGAAGAACAAGGAGAAGCUGGAGCGCGCCUCGGGUCUCCUGCAGGACGACUUCAAGAUGGACGUUGACGAUAAGCGUUUCCAGGCCGUGUUUGACAGCCACGAGUACGCCAUUGACCCGUCGAAUCCGAAGUUCAAGGCUACUGGCGGUAUGAAGCAGCUGCUCGAGGAGGGCCGCAAGAAGCGCCGCGGAGACGACGAUGACGCGGCGCCGCGCAAGAAGACUAAGGGCCGCAAGUAAGUGCAAAUGGAGAGGGUUGUUAAAAAAGAUAACGGCGUUUUUGUGUAAUUACAUGUACUACAGCAGCAUAAUUGAUUUCCAACGGGUUUCACUUGCCAAUCCCACGUGUGCCUGAUUAGAAUCUGGCGAUAACACCAGCGACAAAAGUGCAACGUUUUUUUUUUUUUGGAUUCUGAGCUUCAGCUUCUCGCGUGGCUAUUGUCUCGCUUCGCAAUCUGCCGUGAUCAACAUACACGCACGAGUAUGCCGAUCUGGCGCUUUACGUUACUGGCCACGAGACAACGUGAGCCCCUCCUCAAAAGAAAAGAAAGGAGAUGCAGAGCCAAUGCCUCGUCGUAAGUGGCUGCUGCAAACACCACGUUGUGGCAGCACCAAUAUGCAGUUUCCGCUCUGCAUGAGCAGAUGCUGCUGCUGUUGUUGUUUGGUGGUGGUGGUGCCCUGGAUGAGACAUAUCGCAAGCACAGUAUGAGGAAAUUACGCUGGGAAAGAAAAAUGUCCACAUAUGCAAGGAUACGCAGCAGCCACCAUCUUGCUGACCCUGGUCUCUCCA